AUGCUCCAAUCCGCUCUCCUCCCCACCUCCCUCUUCCAAGAUAUAAUCACCGACCUAUCCUACAACUACUACGGCACUUCCCUAGCCGUAGCCAGCGCCGACCACCGUGUGCGCAUCUUCUCUCUUUCCGCAGAGCCUUCCGUCUCCGCAGCCCCAGGCAUAGGCACAGGUGCAGGCACAGCGGGGGGCAGCUCCGGAGGCUGGGAAUUGGAAGACGAGUUCAAGGCACACGACGCUCCCCUUACGCGGGUAUCGUUCGCCCACCCCGCUUUCGGGCCUUUACUAGCCACAGCAGCGUUCGACCGUACAGUGAAGAUAUUCGAAGAUGUCCCUUCCCGCGGAGCGGGGCAACGUUCGCGCUGGGUCGAGAGGAAGGUUUUUACGGAUCAGGGAGCGAGUAUCAGGAGUCUGGAAUGGGCGCCUGAGGCUCUGGGGCUGAAGUUGGCAGGUGUGGGAGCGGAUGGAUGUGUGAGGAUUUGGGAAUGUCUUGAUUUGCCUAGUUUGGAAGUGUGGGAAACGAGGGAGGAGCUGGGGAUGAUGGGGUUGUUUGGCGAGGGGGUGGUUGGUGCGGGAGGGGAGGGGGUGAGAGAGGGCAGGCUGGGGGGAGUGGGAGUGGGAGGGGAGAGGCAGGCGGCGACGGGUGGGUGGGAGACGGACGCUGGGUGGGCGCUGGCUUGGUGUGCCGAGAGAUGGUGGGGUGAUGUUCUGGCUGUGUGUUGUGCGAACCAGGGGUGUGUCAAGAUUAUGCAGUUCCCCGGCGGCCCUGCGAGGCCAGUAACUCUAACGACGCUCGUCCCCCCCACGCCUCCUACGCCUGUACCCCUCCCCGCCCCCCUACCGCGAAGGAAAGCAGAUCACUCGCACUCCCCCCUCCCCCUCCCAGCAGCAGUAGAAGAGCCCCCCCGUACGCCGCUGACGAGCGUAGCCUGGGCCCCGGCGUGUGGGAAGAGCUUCCAUCUCCUGGCGGCGGGGAGCGAAGCCGGGUGCGUGUAUCUAUGGAAGGUCGUACCCGGGAAGGAAGGGGUUCAGGAGGAAGAUAGCUGGAAAGCGGAGCUUGUUGGGGAAUUUGAGGAACAUGGAGGCAGACCAGUCGGACGCGUACAGUUCAACCCUACGGGAACGAUCCUCUCCAGCGCUGGGGACGACGGGCGUAUCCGCCUGUGGAAAGCGAGUUUUACGGGUGUGUGGCGGGCGAUGGGGAGUGUGUGGGCUACGCCUGGUGAUGAGGAGGAGGAAGAGGAUGAGGGAGAGGAUGGGUAUGAGAGUUGAGGGGUUGUUGUGUGUUGUGUGUUGUUAUAAUUGAUGUCCUUGGCGGUUGGUGUCCAAUUUAUAAUGUCCAA